AUCCGGCAUUUUUAUCUGCAAUUAUUCCGCACUUCUCAUCCAAGAGUAAAGUUCGGUGAGCAUAAUCGCGAGAGUUUGGUGUGUUCUUCGGAGUUUGGGCAAGCGUGUUUCUCAUUAGCAGCGGCAGAUCGGCUUCUUUCCUCUUGGUGCAGGCUGUUGAAUCAAAAUGAGCAGCACAGAUGAUGGCCAUAAUUCCUACUUCCCUUUUGGAAAUUCUUUCAGGCUAAUAUUUUCAAGGAAAUCUCACAUUUCCCCCAAAUUCCUAGCCUUGCUGAAUGAUUUUGAGCUAAUGUUAGCUAGAAGCUUGAGAAGUCUUGAACCAAAGGAUUCAUCUGAAAUCUUUAGCCUUUCUUGGAUGAAAAAGGCUCUCGAGUCCUUAUCGCUAAUUCACACAAACAUCAAAGGUUUAAUUACUGAUCUUCAAUUUCCUCUCUCUGAUUGGGAUAAUAGUUGGAUGAAUGUGUACUUGGACGACAGCAUAAAAUUACUAGAUAUUUGCAUUGCUUUAAGCUCUGAGCUUUCUCGGUUCGAUCAAGGACAGCUCUUAUUACAAUAUGUUUUGCACAUAUUAGAUCCUUCAAUCAAUUUUCCAUCAUCUGAGCAACUAAAAAGAGCAGCUGAAUCUCAUCAUGAAUUGAUGUGGAGGUUCAAAUCGAGGAAUCCCAAGCUUGAACGCUGCCAUGACAUCUUACAGAAACUUGCAGAAAAGCUUUACAUUGGAAAGGUGAGGAGCUCAUCCAAAGGGAAGGUGCUAAUGAGAGCUCUUUAUGGAGUAAAGGUUGUAACCAUAUUUGUUUGCAGUAUUAUUAUAGCAGUAUUAUCCGGUUCUUCCAAGCCUUUAAUAGAAUUGAACGCUCCUGAGAAAUUCUUCUGGUCUAAGGCCUUUAAUGAGUUGCAAGUUACCAUACUCCCGGAGGUCAGGGCCCAUCUUUCAAGUGAGAAGGUGUCACUUUUGAAAGAGCUGGAAGCUCUGGACGUCUCUGCAGGCAGGUUACAUAACCUUAUAUGCAAAAAGCAAGAGAAAUUACAAUGUCAGUGUAAUGUUGUUGAUUCUGAAGAGUUUGCAGCAAUGGAGAAAUCAGCGGAGAAUGGGAACAGAGAAGAGGAAGUGAUAUUGUCACAGAAACUGUCUGAACAGGAGGAAAGAAAAAGAUUACAGGAAUCUGUUGCAGACUUGGCUGAAAGAGCAGAGAAGCUGUUUGAAGGUGUAGAUAUUCUGUCCAGUCGAGUUGAAGAUUUCUUCCAGAUUUUGAUGAAUGGUAGGGAUGCUUUACUUGCCAAUCUUAGAGUACUCGAUCAACCAGAAGAGAAAAAAGCUGUGAGUUGAUCAAAUUAUCUAUAUAUGUUUUCUUUAUAAGCAAGAUGUGUGUCUUAUCCAGUUGUUCUAUGUGGAAUUGGCCUGGUGAGAAUUUCUACCUCUUGCUAGUGUUGUUUGCUGGAACUUAUUUUAGUGGAAUUAUGAUAUUUGCAAAUCUGUCCUCCAAUGUUUUAGCUAAUUGUCCAAUGCUCAUAGGGAUCUGGUUUUUA